GCGGCGGGGCUUUAAUGCCGGUUUGUUUAGAGUUUAUCUCUCCUCCCCUUUUCCACACUCACGGCCGCUUUCAAACCACCCUCCCCCCAUCUCCGAACACAGACAGCCAGUCUCACUCAACCACUCCCCCUCCUCAGAUUUCCCCUCCCUUCAUCUGUCCCCCUAGUGCUAGUCUAUUCACUCCUCAGAUCCCCUCCUCUCAUCUGCUUCUAACAACAUCCUUAAUCGAUGCGCCCUUCUUGUCUAUCCCUUUUCCCGUGUCUGUUCCUUAUCCCACAGCCCGUAGCCCCUCCUCGAAUCCCAAUUCCCCUACCUCCUUCCCUUCGUCUACUCCCUCCUCAGCUCCUCGUCCCCUUCCGUCAUUUGUCCCUCAGCCCGUCCCUUUGUUUACCGCUCAUCCCAGAACAUUCACAACCCGUCUCCUCGUAAAAACUCCAGCCGACCAUCCAGAUUGCCCCACCCUCGUCAACCCUGAGUCUUGCCAACCUUUCAUCUCUUCCCUCCAUCCCCAUGAGCAUCCACAGUUAGUUCCCCCUCCUUCCCCGAUGUGAAAUAGCCUUUUAUCCAACCAUCAACAAUCUAGUUACAAUAAUCUUAUUAUAACCCAGUUUCCCAUAUGCUCGUGGAUUAUUCACCCUCCCUCCUAUUCCCACUGCAUUAAUUCAUUGCCUGUGAUGCCUCAGAAGAUCAGAGUCAGGUUUAAUAUCACGGUCAUUUGUCGUGAAAUUUGUUGAGUUUGCGGCAGCAGUACAAUGCCAUACUUAAUAAUAGAGGGGAAAGCAUUAAUUACUGUGAUGCACCAUCAAUAACUCACACUGAGACGUAAGGCGAGAUAUCGGCUUUUAUUGACUGGAAGAAGGAACCAGGAGUGAGUGUCCAUCAUACUAUGUCCUGGAGACUGAGGCCCAGCGUCAGGCCUCAGAUCGCCUUUAUACAGGGGCCUGUGGGAGGAGCCACAGGAGCAGUCAGCAAGGGGUGUGUCCAGACAGGCAGUUCACCACAUACUCCAUACAAGAUUUGCUACUGGAUCUGUGCAGCAGAACUGAACACAACUGGGCUGGGAUGUUGGAAGAGAAUUCCUAGAACUUGGGGAGCAGCUGCCUGUCUCAACAGAAAGAUUAAGCUUGUUCAUGAAGCUCACUUUACGACAGUGCUGUACUUCCUUGAUCUAGAAAAGCUUUUGGAAACAUUAAAAGCAGACAUACUUUUGGGAUGAACCAGUUUCACCUGUCAAACAUACCUGAAAUGAAAAGAAUAAUGGAAAAAAGGCUAUAACGUGCUUUCGUUGCAGACACCAAAGUUAAACUUUUCAGAAGCAAGACCACAAAAGGCAGUCUGGGAAUAUUUUUACUGAUGGUAAACUGUUAAAUUAGCCAUCAUUUUCCUUUAGGAACAUAUGUGCAACUUGUGCAAUGCAGGUUUGAGCUGUCAGAGUGGCAUAACUUGAUUUUCGUUCUUCAUGGAUUGAAUAGUGUGGAAGCACAGAAUGAAAUAUACAGCCCAUAAAUGACUCAUAGUGGCAUUGUACAGAUGGAUCAGAAGACUCAAAUAUUAAAUCACAGCUUUUUUAAUGUUCGUGAAAUCUUUUAAAAGGAAAAGACCUGCUGAACUUUGAUUCAUAUAUUUUGUAAUCUCUCUAACCAGACCAUUUAAACCAAUCGAACCCUUGGUAGCUCUGUAGUGGCUAAUGGAAGCACUGGAAGCAGAUGACAUCAGCCCUGCUUUGGAAGCCACUGAGGAGUUCUUUCUUUUCAAUGGCAUUGAUGACCGAGUAGGAUAUGCUGAUCAUCCAAAGCAUGAAGUGUAUGGCAUCCAGGAGGUCCCAGUGGUAAUUGGACAUGAAAUUCUUAAGAUGAGAAAUGAGAAACUGCAGCAGAAAGACGGCACCAAAGCUGCAGCUCAAAAACUGAGCUCAUUAGAGACAACAAAACAGACAAACAUGAGGAGUAAUGCACUUAACAAAAAACCUGUUAGCAUAGCCAGUGGACCAAAACAGGAAAGGGCUGAUGGUUUAGGCAUUGAAAGUUCUUUCACCUCAAAUGUUUAUGAUGCCAUUCACACCAGAAGGAGCAACCCAGUUGAAGAUGGGUCAACCAACAGGCCACUGCUCUUACGAUCGCAGUCCGACAUCAUUCCAUCAUGCAACGGGUUGCAAACUAGCACAACGCCAGUUCGUUAUCUGUUGAACUUCAAUUUACCUCUCCCCAAUGCUGCCACCUCAUUUGAUAAGGGAAGGCACUUUGUAAUGAGCACUCGCAGAAAAGAUGAUUCUACACCAUGGAAUAACAUUUCUCAGCAAACCUGUUUGCAUGGUAAACAAGGCCUGGAUCCUCAGCCACCCAGUCGUGAAGUCCUGAAGAAGGGAUAUCUGGUGACAAGACAGGAUCGGACUGGCUCUUGGAAACAGUGCUACGUGGAGCUUUAUCCAAAAGAGCUGUGCUUGUACAGUGCAGAGGCUGGGAAUGACUGCCAUCUUUGCAGUGUGUUCUACCUGAGCUGCUGCGAAAGCAUCACCAUAUCAGCCAUUUCAGGUGAUCGGGUCCUAGAAAUCCUUUUUUCCAACAGUGCAUGGCUACAGUUGCAAGCACGCUCUAGCUGGGAGGCUGAAGACUGGAAGCAGAACCUUCUGAAGCGAGCGCAUGACCUACGCCAGCCACAGAUCUUGGGUUUGCCAAAUAGAACCCGAGAGGCACCACUUCCUGGCUGGCGUCCUGGAACUUGCCAAGUUGAAUCAAUUCAGUCUAAAAUCCUUCCCCUGCCCACAGACGGCAUAAUUCGGGUCGGAUUACUUCACAAGCUGAUCUCUCAGGAUCACUGGAACUCUUACACCUUUGUCCUUAGCCAAAGCGAACUAAAGUGUUUUCGAUCCAGUGACCUAGUUGAGGAGCCCUUGAUGUCUUACAAGAUUAAUCAAUGCCUUAGUGUUGAGCCAGAAGUCACGAUAGGCUCCGUUUCCCGCCUUAAGCUGGCUUUCCCAGAAGAAGUGCUCACUCUUAUGGCAGACACACAACAGGAGCUUCAAGAGUGGACUGAGGCAAUCAAGGCAGUGACUGACUCCACGUUAUUGUCCAAUUGCUCUGACCACUUCUCAUCAAAGGAACUGCGGCCAAAAGAGACGAAUUCUGAAGGUGUGCGGGUGUGCAGGAAUAAACGGUACUCUGUGACCAGCAGCUUUCUCAGUCUUCUGACGGUGAUAACAGUGGAGAAAGGGCUCACAGCUCAGAGCUUCAGGUGUGCAGGGUGUCAGAGACCAGUGGGUUUGACCUAUGGGAUUGCCAAGGUGUGUACCUACAGUGGGUGGUACUAUUGCCAAGCUUGUCACGUGGAUGAUCUGUUUCUGAUCCCUGCUCGACUGGUUCACAACUGGGACACCACAAAACACAAGAUUUCAAAGCAAGCAAAAGAGUUCCUGGAGUAUAUCGCUGAAGAGCCGCUUAUUGAUAUCCAGCAGGAUAAUCCAUGCCUGUAUGAACAUGUGGAUGCUUUGGCAACAGUCCUCCGUUUGCGCCAGCAGCUCAAGUCGCUGAGAGCAUACCUGUUCAGCUGCAGAGCUUCUGUGGCAGAAGAUUUGCGUCGAAGAAUCUUUCCCAGGGAAUAUAUUCUGCAGCAUGUCCAUUUGUACUCCUUGGCUGACCUUCAACAGGUCUUUGAAGGCAAACUUGCUCCAUUCCUCAUGAAGAUCAACAAAUUUGCCAGUGCCCAUGUGUACAGUUGUAGCCUUUGUAGCCAGAAAGGCUUUAUCUGUGAGAUCUGUAACAGUGGGCAAAUCAUCUAUCCUUUUGAAGGAACCACCACCACAAGAUGUGAGAUCUGCGGAGCAGUUUUCCACAUUGAAUGCAAGUCGAGGAACGUUCCUUGUCCCCGCUGUGUGCACAGGGAGCUGAAGAAGAAGCCACAAUCUUUCUGGAGCAAACUAGACUUUGAUGACAACUUUGAGCUUUGCAAUGCAUUUGAAUUUUCUUACCCAACCACUUGAUAUCCAGGGCAGAUUUAAGUCGGUGUGGUAUUCUUUCAUCACUUAAGAAAUAGAAUAGGCUGCAUUUUGAUCCCCAUAUACGUACAGUAACAGAAUAAACUGAGAGAGGAUAUUUUGGUUGUGAAUGAAACACAAGGUGUAGGAGUUUAAAAAAAGAGUAGCAUAGAGUGCACUCAGUCUUCAUAUUUAAGCACACGUUAUAGAUUGUAAUUUUAGACAUACACUUUGAGAAUUUGUUGCUUUGUCUAUUUGUGCAAUUCAAAAACCAUCUCCUCUGUCAAGAACAAGUGAAAACAUGAGCAAAAUAACUGUGGAUUUGUUUCCAGUGAAUGUACAGAAAUCCUUUGGGGACAAGUUAGCAUUCUUAUUCUGAAUUGGUGUACUGAGGUCACUUUGCUGUGGUCGGGUUCUUGGGUUUGGAUAGGGUGCAUUCCAAAACUGCAGUGGACACUGCAUUGCAUCAUACUUUUUAACUCUAAACACUUGCUACAACCAUUGACUGGCAAAAGUGGACAACAUGUUCAUUCCCCAGUGCCAUCACUCUUCACCUUUGCACAUCUACCCUCACCUCAGAACAAUAGGCAUUCAGUAUGUAGACAAACCACCAGUGUUAUGGUUUGUUUUUCUGUUUUAAUAGUGGCCAUCAAAAAUUUAUUCCUUAUUACCUGCUGGCUGAGUAUUACUGAGAAAAGGUAUUUUAAUAAGAAUGUUAGUUUUCUGUAGUGCUUUUAAAGCUAAUCUGAUGCUCCAUUGGUUCAACAGUUGCUACCUUUUCAUUUUAGUUGUUUUCAUCCAAAGUGUAUAUUUUUAUGGUUAUUCCCACCUUUGGAUUUGAGGGCUGUAGAUAUUCUGGGACAGCAUUCAUUUUGGUCAACUGGUGGAGGAGCAGCACACUGAGCUUAGGUUCUGACUGGGCCAACUCCAACACAUCACAAGUAUUCAUAAGCAGACUUGGCACUGGUGACCCUAACAAUCAUCUGAUUGUAACACAAAUUUAAGAGGAGAAUUCCUGGCUACUUGUGGGGAUCACUGGGAUUUCUUUCAACUAGUGCUUACCAGCUUCAUAGCAUUUUGGGGGGGGGGGGGGUUUGUUUUCUGGGAAGUGAAAAGAAAUGAGGUGCAGUGUUUCCAUUUUGUUCUGUUGCAUGUAAAAAAACAUUGUGCACUUCAGUCAAGCCCCUAAGUUCUCCCAGACUCUGAUCCCCUCGGCAUCCUGAGGGAAGCUGGUUAAAUAACAUCAAACAUCACGAACUAGAAGGUGAAGAUUGGUUCAGUGAGCAAUGAGAAAGAGUUAAGCUCUUCACAACCAAAAGCACGAGCAGGAAAAGGGAAGACCUUGAAAUAAAAACACACAAAACCGUGAGAAAUACUCCAUGUGGAGUUGCUAUUAAUGAAGGGUCCUCUGCCUGGAAAGUAAACUCGGUUUCUAUCUCCACCGAUGUUGCCUGAUUUUCUGACUACUUGUAUCCUUUUAGAUUUCCAAACACCAUGGUGUUUUGCUUUUUUAUAAAGGCGAGAUCUUAAUACAAGGAACCGGAAUAAGGUUAGAGCAAAAUGUUAAUAUAGGGAACUUGGGCAUUUUUACACAUGCUACCAGUUAUUGACAUACAUGGAGCUCAUGGAUAGAGUUUAGAGCUGCACAAUAACUAGGCAAAGUAGGUUGCAGCCAGAGCUCCGUGAGUAGAAAACACUGCGACUGGGGAUUAUGUCUGUUGAGGAGGAAAACUAACAUUAUACUGGAGUAGACCUCUUGGGGAGUAGUACUAUUUCAGGCAUACUUAAGGGAGCGAAUGGACACCGUUUUCAUGGCUGUUCUCUAGAAUUGCGUUUUGGACAAAAGUUGUGGACCGCUGAUGAGGUCCUUCUGCACCUAAUACUAAGUGUUUCAGAUUUUCCUCUGCCCUCACCACCUACAUGAGUCUGUUAUCACAUAAGGCACAUUUGUCUCUGUCAGUGUCACUUUGUUUUAUUAAGGUUUGUGUGGAAGGAAAGUUUUUUUAGAAGAAGUUAACAAUUUAUAAAGAGAAUUUUAGUUGUAUUUUGGCAUACAGUGAUCAAAGGGAUGUUUUAAGCAUGCAUGGAGAAAACAAUUACUUCUGACCUGACAGCCUGUGCCACAGUCAUGCUGUGUGUGAGUAUAGUCCCAUGAGAUGUGAUCUUGCGUAUAUGAUUUAGAUCUAGUUUUCCCUUGACUAAGGUUUCCAGUUCUGAAACAGGCCACCAUUUUUCCCCUUGCAACUGUGUUUGGCCUGAACACGACAGCAAUCAGUGGCAUAUGUAUUUGCGUACAAAUGCGGUGUGGUGUAUUGGGGAUUAGUAUUUCUCCAACAGCAAGAAACAGAAAUGAUUGUACAUUAACGUUUGGUGGGGAGGAAACAAAAGCAGGUUUUUGAGACUUUCUGUACAUCAUGGUGCAAAGUUACUUCUAAAGCCCUGAGGGGUGAUUGCACCUCAUUGCCUGUUACCUGCCUCAGAUCCUGGACAACUGUCUCACUGCCUCUUUCAGUCUAAUAACAUUACUUGUAAUCUCUCCUCUCCGACUGUGUGACAAGACUUAACUUCUAAUCAAUAUUUCUGCAUUUUCUGUAGAUGAAUGGGAGCUGCAUCAGGCAUACAUAAACUUGUCAUUCUUCAGAUAACUACUGCAAUUGUAAAACGUUCUACUUGAAUCCUGUUGCUUUUUAUAAUAUUAUAUAUUUAUGUAUAUAAAUUGUGCAAAAUUAUCCUGAGAUUGAUUUUUGUAUAGCUGAAGCCUAUAAAGACAUCUACAAAAUAAUAAAGGUAUGAAAUUCCA